AUGGGUUGGUUCGAGCAGAUUACUACCGAAACUGCCACUCGGUCGCUUCCUACAUGGACUCCUUCAUCAAUACCUGCCCUGACUUCAUUAUCUUCCAUCGAUCCAACUAAUGCGAACGGACUUUGGGAAACCGUUCUUUCGGCUUCAGCCGUUGCUAUGACUGCCACUGAAACCCCGGUUUUGUACCAGGUGUCAAAAGUGCUCCGAGGAGCUGCCGCUUCGCUCACCAUCAUUGAAGCCGAGAAAUACUUGGCAACUGCAAAUCCCACCGAGACCGCGAGUAUCUCGAUGGCCCAGGAGUUGGUUUUCAAUGCCACUUUGAACCUCAAGGCAUUGGAAUGGGACCUGAACCUUUAUACGAAUGCGUUGAAUAUCCCUGCGAAUGCGAUUUUUACGGCGUUAUUUGGGUUGUUAUUUAUAGUGUUUGUCGCAUGGAUGUUCACCGGCAAGCAGAUUUAUUUCGGUGUGUGUUUUGCCUGUGGAACUGUGCUUGAGUUCUGUGGCUAUUUUGCUCGCACUCUAGCAGCUAAGGACUACGCUAAUCCAGACAAAUACUUGUGUCAAAUCAUUUGCUUAACUAUGGCACCGGCGUUCAUCAUGGCAGGAAUAUACUAUAUUCUUGGUCAACUCAGAAUUGUCUAUGGAAACUAUGGCAUUCUACCGCCCAGCUGGUACACAUACUUGUUCAUCUUUUGCGAUGUGGUCAGUCUAUUUACUCAGGCGGUUGGUGGAGCCAUUGCUGCGACCGAAGUCAGACGUUACAUUUUCAGACCAACGGGAACAAAUAUCAUGAUUGCUGGUAUUUCGUUCCAACUCUUUUCGAUGACAUUAUUUGUGAUAUGCUGGUGCGACAUGCUCUUCAAAGCAUGCUUUCGAGCCGAUCCCAACUUUAAAUUCUCAUUGGGUCGAUGUAUGCAUUUACUAUUAAAUACCCCCAAGGGCCGCCAAUAUCGCCAGCAAUUGGAACCUUUCUACGACCCAGCAUUUGUCGACGUGAGACGAGGGUACCUCUUUGGCUACUUGCCAUUGGUGGUUUCGGCAUCAGUUCUCUUUGUCUACAUUAGAUGUGCAUAUCGAGUAGCGGAACUCAGUCAAGGUUGGACAGGUUUCUUGAUAACCCACGAACAGUUUAUCAUGACAUUGGAUGCACUCAUGGUGUUCUUGGCUUGUGUUUUCUAUGUUCCGCUCUACCCUUCACAAAUCUUUGGCAAUGCAAUCAGUUGGCAGGUAAUGAAGAGACAAAAGCACCAUGACCCAAAUGGCCCAAUUAACGACGAAAAAUCCCUCUACAAAUGUGAUACCAAAACAACUAUAGAAAAAGUCGAUGAGAAAUUUCGUACCCAUGAACACAGCAACAGUAGAAGCGAAGAGUCGACUGCUUAUGACAACGAAUCCUUCUACUUUUAA